AUGCUGGUUUGUCACAAACAUUUUGAAAAAAGAUUUCAUACUGUAAAACCUGGCAUUAAGAAGACAGCUUAUCCCACACUUUUUUCUUUAGAGGAAAUUGAGUCAGGUUUCUCAUCAAGAUCAUGCAAUAAUAACAAAGAGAAUGUACUUGUUGAUCACACAUAUAUACAUAAGAGACACUAUGACCACACAUACUACAAAAUAAAACAACAUUUACCUUUGCUAAAGCCUCGAGACUCCUUAAUUGGUUUGACUAAUAUACCAUCAACAUCCUUUGCUCCAUCAUCACAUUUGGACAAUCUGGAAAAUGUACCUGGUGAGUUGACUUCAACAACACCUAAAAAAGUGGUCAAGAAGAGGCUUGUACAAAAAUUUUUUAAACUUUCUCCUCAAUGCAAGCUACUAUACAAUGAAUUUAAAAAGUCGAGAAGGCAGUUAAAUUAUAAUGUGCGGAUCAGGAGAGCGCUAGCUUUUUAA